AUGAGACCCGUCGACAUGACUCCAGCGAUCGCCGAUAAACUUUUAAAUAUGGUGUAUAGCAACAUAAAAAUCGCGGCUCCGGCGAGAUUCAAAAUAGCCGAUCCGGUACGCGUCAGCAAGUUCAAGACGAUCUUCGAGAAAGGUUUCACGCCCGACUGGACCACCGAGAUCUUUCGAAUAACCAAGGUACAACGGACCAUUUCCGUGACGUAUCUACUGAAGGAUUCGCGCGGCGAACAGAUCGUAGGAGGAUUCUACGAGCACGAAUUGCUGCGCGUCCGCAAUCCCGACGUGUAUCUCGUGGAGAAGGUGCUGCGCCGCAGGGGCGACAAGGUUUACGUGAAGUGGCUAGGAAUGGACGAGUCGCACAACUCUUGGAUAAAUAAGGCGGCUGUAUUACGAUAA